AUGGCCUAUCGUACCGAAAUGGGUCUCUAUUACUCCUACUACAAGACCAUUAUCAACGCCGAAUCGUUUCUUGCGGGUCUCGAACAGAUUACAAAAGAUACUGUAACCGAGCACGGGCACGAAAUCAACACGUUGAACCGAUUCAACCUCUAUCCGGAAGUGAUACUCGCAUUCCUCUACCGGCCAUUUCGAGCCAUCACGACGUCAAUGAAGAUUCCGGUCGAAAUCUGCUAUCAAGUGAAUCGCGGCGAAUUGUCGCCGGUUGAGAGUUGCGAGGGAAUCGGAAACCCGCAUUAUUUUUAUGUAACUGGAGUGUUCUUGAUUGCUGGAACUGUCGCGAGCUCGAUUUUUCUUCUCGGAGUUGUUUUGAGCGAUUCCAUCCUUGGGGGACUUCUCGCUGUUGCGUGUUUCGCUUUCAAUCACGGCGAAGCCACACGUGUUCAAUGGACGCCGCCACUUCGUGAAAGCUUCGCGUUUCCUCUGAUCAUAGCUCACAUUGCGGUGCUCUCCAAUAUUCUCAAAUAUCGUAAAAGCGGCACGAUCUACUCAAUUCUCCUCAUGGCCUUCUCAAUUCCGUCGCUCCUUUUUUGGCAAUUCUCGCAAUUUGCAUUUUUCACACAAAUUUGCUCAAUUUUUGUGGUGUUCGCGUUGGACUUCAUCCCGUAUUCAACGGCCAAAACCAUUGUGAACUCGCAUAUUAUUUCCUUCAUCGUCUCUUUCGUCUUGUUGUUCGGCAAUGAAAUGAUGAUCACCGCGCUCUAUUUUCCUAGUAUAAUUGCUUUGGCGUUCAUCAUCUAUACCUCGCCAAUAACCACAAGAAUCAAUCUUCGCCUUCUCUAUGUUCUUGUGUUGUCCCUAAUUUUCGCCACAAUUACUCUUGGCCUCAAAUUUGGGCUCUCGAAAAUGUUGAAAAUUGAAGACGAUGCGCACAUUUUCGACAUUUUGCGUUCGAAAUUCACAAAUUUCGCCAAUUUCCAUACGAGACUGUACACGUGUUCGGCCGAAUUCGACUUUAUGCCAUAUGUGACUGUUGAAAAGCUUAUCGAAUCUUUGCUGAUUCCAUUGGCAGCUGGAGGACUUCUCAUAUUUACCAUUGGAUUCGUCAAAUCGCAAAUGUCGAGUUUGGUGUGGCGACAGCCGGAUAGCUAUGAGCGUCCUGAGGUAUUCUAUAAUAUUGUGCAAUUGGUGUGCUACACAAUCAUGGCGAUGCUCAUAAUGCGGCUCAAGCUCUUCAUGACACCGCAUUUGUGUGUCGUUGCAGCGCUUUUAUCGAAUUUCCAGCUGAUUUCGACGAUUUCCAAUAAAAAAAUUUCGCGAUUCGUCCAUGUUUCGAUGAUCGUCGCUGUGUUUGCCGCUCUAACCUAUCAGGGUCUGCCCAACAUUCGGAAGCAAUUGAGCAUUCGUGGCGAAUACAGCAAUCCCGAUCAGGAAAUGUUGUUCAAUUGGAUUGAGAAGAACACCAAGAAAGACGCGGUGUUUGCUGGAACGAUGCCGGUAAUGGCAAAUGUGAAGCUGACCACGUUAAGGCCAAUUGUCAACCAUCCGCAUUAUGAGCAUGUUGGAAUACGAGAACGAACACUGAAAGUGUACUCGAUGUUCAGCAAGAAGCCGAUCGCCGAAGUGCAUCGAACGCUGAAGAGCAUGGGAGUCGAUUAUUUUGUAUUCCAACUAAUGAAUUGCGCAAAUGAUGAGCGCAGGCCGCAAUGCGCUUAUCGCGGAAUGUGGGACGAGAAUGAUCCGAAGAAUCGCGAUAGGACCUCGUUGUGCGAUUUGUGGAUUCUCGCGGCGAACAGCAAAGAUAGCACACGAAUAGCGCCGUUCAAAAUAGUGUAUAAUACGAAUAAUAAUUACAUUGUUCUCAAAGUUUAA